UGUGCUGAGGGAGGUCUGCAACUGUGGGACGUUCAUUAGGCGGUGGCCUCUAGGGGUUGGGUUUGUGGGUACGGAGUCCUUGAGGGUACAGGGCUCUGGCGGGGUAACCCAGGGACUAUGGUUACAGGGGCGGAGUUGCAGGGGCGGAGCCUUUAGUGGGCGUGGCCACCCGGGAAGCCGCCCGACCCCGCCCCGGGCAAACUUUUCCUGAGCCGUGGGGGCGGGCAGGUGAGGUCACGUGGCGGGCGGGGCGGGCCGGGCGGACCCCGCCCCUACGCCGGAGUCCGGCGGCUGCUCCGGGGCAGCGUGUGGCUGCGAGGGACGCAGAGUCUAACGGAGCCAUGCCCACGAACUUUACGGUGGUGCCGGUGGAGGCGCGCGCCGACGGCGCCGGGGACGAAGCUGCUGAGCGCACGGAAGAACCCGGGUCUCCCGAGAGCGCGGAUCCUGCCUGCCCUACGCCGGGAGAUGGAAACCCCAGGGAGAACAGCCCAUUCAUCAAUAAUGUGGAGGUGGAAAGAGAGAGCUACUUCGAGGGGAAGAACAUGGCGCUUUUUGAGGAAGAGAUGGACAGCAACCCCAUGGUAUCAUCACUGCUGAACAAGCUGGCCAACUAUACCAACCUGAGCCAGGGUGUGGUAGAGCAUGAGGAAGAUGAGGACAGCCGGAGGCGGGAGAUCAAGGCCCCACGCAUGGGCACCUUCAUCGGAGUCUACCUACCGUGCCUGCAGAACAUCUUGGGUGUAAUCCUUUUCCUGCGCCUGACCUGGAUUGUGGGGGCGGCUGGCGUUCUGGAGUCCUUCCUCAUCGUGGCCAUGUGCUGCACCUGUACAAUGCUGACAGCCAUCUCCAUGAGUGCCAUCGCUACCAACGGUGUGGUCCCAGCGGGAGGCUCAUACUACAUGAUCUCCCGUUCGCUGGGGCCUGAGUUUGGAGGGGCUGUUGGCCUCUGCUUCUACUUGGGCACAACGUUCGCAGGCGCCAUGUACAUCCUGGGAACCAUCGAGAUCUUCCUGACCUACAUCUCUCCAAGUGCAGCCAUCUUCCAGGCAGAGACAGCAGACGGCGAGGCGGCCGCGCUGCUGAACAACAUGCGUGUGUAUGGCAGCUGCGCACUGGCGCUCAUGGCCGUGGUGGUCUUCGUCGGAGUCAAAUAUGUCAACAAGCUGGCCCUGGUCUUCUUAGCCUGUGUUGUGCUUUCUAUCCUGGCCAUCUAUGCUGGUGUCAUCAAGACAGCCUUCGCCCCACCUGACAUCCCGGUCUGCCUUCUAGGGAACCGCACGCUGGCGAAUCGCAACUUUGAUACCUGUGCCAAAAUGCAGGUUGUCAGCAAUGGCACAGUCACCACCGCGCUCUGGCGCCUCUUCUGCAACGGCUCCAGCUUGGGUGCCUCCUGCGAUGAGUACUUUGUGCAGAACAAUGUCACUGAGAUCCAGGGCAUUCCUGGUGUGGCCAGUGGUGUCUUCCUGGAUAACCUGUGGAGCACGUAUUCGGACAAGGGGGCAUUUGUGGAAAAGAAGGGCGUGUCCUCGGUGCCUGUGUCCGAGGAGAGCCGGCCUGGUGGAUUGCCAUAUGUCCUCACAGACAUCAUGACCUACUUCACCAUGCUAGUCGGCAUCUACUUCCCCUCCGUAACGGGGAUCAUGGCAGGAUCCAACCGCUCCGGGGACCUCAAAGAUGCCCAGAAGUCCAUCCCAACAGGGACCAUUCUGGCCAUUGUGACUACAUCUUUCAUUUAUCUUUCCUGCAUUGUGCUGUUUGGGGCCUGCAUCGAGGGUGUAGUCUUGCGAGAUAAGUUUGGGGAGGCCCUGCAAGGGAACUUGGUCAUUGGCAUGCUGGCUUGGCCAUCUCCCUGGGUCAUCGUGAUUGGCUCCUUCUUCUCCACCUGUGGUGCUGGCCUGCAGAGCCUAACUGGGGCACCCCGCCUGCUGCAGGCCAUUGCACGCGACGGCAUCAUCCCCUUCCUGCAGGUGUUUGGCCAUGGAAAGGCCAACGGGGAGCCCACGUGGGCCCUGCUGCUCACGGCCCUCAUCUGUGAGACCGGCAUCCUCAUCGCCUCCCUGGACAGCGUGGCUCCCAUCCUGUCCAUGUUCUUCCUCAUGUGCUACAUGUUCGUCAACCUGGCCUGUGCUGUUCAGACCCUGCUGCGCACACCCAACUGGCGUCCACGUUUCAAGUUCUACCACUGGACCCUCUCCUUCCUUGGGAUGAGUCUCUGCCUUGCGCUCAUGUUCAUCUGCUCCUGGUACUACGCCCUCUUCGCCAUGCUCAUCGCGGGCUGCAUCUACAAGUACAUCGAGUACCGAGGGGCUGAGAAGGAGUGGGGGGAUGGCAUCAGGGGCCUGUCACUGAAUGCUGCCCGCUAUGCCCUGCUGCGUGUGGAACAUGGGCCCCCACAUACCAAGAACUGGAGGCCCCAGGUAUUGGUGAUGCUGAACCUGGACUCUGAGCAGUGUGUAAAGCACCCCCGCCUGCUGUCCUUCACCUCUCAGCUGAAGGCUGGCAAGGGCCUGACCAUCGUGGGAUCUGUGCUGGAGGGCACCUACUUAGACAAGCAUGUGGAGGCCCAGCGGGCUGAGGAGAAUAUCCGGUCUCUGAUGAGUGCAGAGAAGAUGAAAGGCUUCUGCCAGCUGGUGGUGUCGUCCAACCUGCGAGACGGUGCAUCCCACUUGAUCCAGUCAGCUGGCCUUGGUGGCAUGAAGCACAACACUGUCCUCAUGGCCUGGCCAGAGGCUUGGAAGCAGGCAGAUAACCCUUUCUCCUGGAAGAACUUUGUGGACACUGUCCGUGACACUACAGCAGCACAUCAGGCACUGUUGGUGGCCAAGAACAUCGACUUGUUCCCGCAGAACCAGGAGCGCUUCAGCGACGGCAACAUCGAUGUGUGGUGGAUCGUGCACGAUGGGGGGAUGCUCAUGCUUCUGCCGUUCCUGCUGCGCCAGCACAAGGUGUGGCGAAAGUGCCGGAUGCGCAUCUUCACGGUCGCCCAGGUGGACGAUAACAGCAUCCAGAUGAAGAAGGACCUGCAGAUGUUCCUGUACCAUCUCAGGAUCAGCGCCGAGGUGGAGGUGGUAGAGAUGGUUGAAAAUGACAUUUCUGCAUUCACCUAUGAGAAGACGCUAAUGAUGGAGCAGAGGUCACAGAUGCUGAAACAGAUGCAGUUGUCAAAGAAUGAGCGGGAGAGAGAGGCCCAGCUGAUUCACGACAGGAACACUGCAUCCCACACCGUAGCAACGGCUAGAACUGAAGCCCCACCAACACCUGACAAAGUGCAGAUGACAUGGACGAAAGAGAAACUCAUUGCAGAGAAACACAGGAACAAGGACACCGGCACAUCAGGCUUCAAAGACCUUUUCAGCCUAAAGCCGGACCAGUCCAACGUCAGAAGGAUGCAUACUGCUGUGAAGCUCAAUGGUGUGGUUCUCAACAAGUCCCAGGAUGCUCAACUCGUCCUGCUGAAUAUGCCAGGCCCCCCAAAAAGUCGGCAGGGCGACGAGAACUGUAUCCUUUUCCAAUGUUUCCUGGUGGUGGUAGUGAACAGUAUCACAACUAUUGACACUGUCAGGCCUGACCUUUCUUGUUCACAGAGUCUCAACUCUUGUGAGUUGGGGAAGACAGUGAUGGGGGUUGGGGGGGGAAGGCAGACAGUGAUGUGUGGUACAGUGAGGGCUCCACCUAGGCCCAUCAAUGCCAAAACAUGCUUUUCUACCUCUUGUGUAUCAUGCAUGAUCCCAGGGACCUUGGGAGAUCUGGGGACAGAGCUAGGCAAGUGUCAUGGAGUCUGAGCAGACUGGGAGGGCUGGGGAAGUCAGGUCCUUCCUAGUGUUUGAAGGAAGGACAUUGUGUUUCAGCUCCUGAGGAUCAGUGAUGGGCCCUUCCUUACAGUGCUGGGGCCCAAGCACAGGCCCUGGAGCAUGCUAGUAAGCGUACGAUAGCCCUGUCCCAGGGUGCACCUUUGAUUUGCUUCAUACCCGACUGCAUGGUGUGUCCCUGGGUGAUAAGCCUUGACCCAAAGCAGUAUAAGUGGGAACACAGACUAGGUCCUCUGAAUGCCCAGCGAGUGCAGCGUGAUCCUAAGCCCUCCUGAGUAGAACAGUGUCUCACAGGAAGAACUGAGCCCUGGCUGUCCUGCGUGUCCUGCCAUGGUCUCAGUGGCUCUCUGCCACAGGCGCAGAGCUGACAUGGGAACAGUGCUGAGUCUCCCUGCCUAGAUGCAAUCUCCUCUGAUACUCUGAGCUUAGUCUUCCCCAGUGACAUAGCAAGCAGGACAGGUGGCCACAGCCUUGGCAGUUUGUGUUUUGCUAGUGUCAAGACAUCUCGGGUCUUGUCCGACAGCCGCUCUGGUCCAUAGAAUGGCAAGUGAGAGAGAUGUCUUCUUGUUUCCUGGUCAGAGACCACAGAACCACCGGGAUUCCUGUGACCCCGUUACCUAUCGGUUUCAAGUGGAAGGAGUUAAUAACUGGAGACUCCAGGAAUAUCUCUGCCCUCUGGAGGUGGCAGCUUUCUUCCUGUUCUUUCAUGGUACCAGCCUGUCAUUUCCUCGGUUUGGAGGUCGCUAGCCUCUUGGCAUCUUCCCAUCUGUCAUGGGCUUUGGUUUCUCAGGCUGAGUCUGUAAUAGGAACUGCGGUCCUCGAUAUGGCCAGUUAAGAUUGGUAUGGCCUUAACUAUCAACCCAGACAUGGAAUUUCUUGAGGUCUUGACCGAAGGGCUGAACAGGGUCCUCCUGGUCAGGGGUGGUGGCCGGGAAGUCAUCACCAUCUACUCCUAACACCUGAAGCCUGGACACACAUGGAUGGGGUCAGGACUUCGCGAGCUGCCUGUGACCAGGCUGGGGCUCACCAGGUGCUGCUGACUGAUGGCCUACCCUAGCACCUGUUGCCUGGCCAACCAAGAUGUUGCAGUGAUCCUGGUCACCCUGACACACAUGGCUUCCCACAGACAUAAUACUCCGUAGGCUUCCUCCAAGCAGAGGAUGCUACAUGGGGAGUAUCUAGAGCUGUUCUGACAGGAAUGGCUCCUUAACAUUGUCGUGGGCAACGGUAGGUAUACCCAGGGGAUCUGGGGCAGCUCUGGCGCCUCUGUACCUUUCACGAACCUGACAGAUGAACCAGAACACGUGAACAAGCACACAGUUCCUUGGGGCUAGAAUGUCACUGAGCGGUUCUCCAUUGGCUUCUGCCUUCUUCGUUCCUUGGAGCAUCCCUGAUGUGCUUUCUGUACAGUAGGCACACUGAGGACUGUUCACCCUCACGCACACCUCACCUCCUUAUUUCCUCCCCGCUCUCCUCAGACACGGCUCAGGGUACCACUGGAAAGUGACAUAGUGUUUACAGGAUAGGAGUGGGUCACCAUUAGAGCCGGUGGUGCCUGCCAGCUCUGUUCCCAUCUGAGUUGAUGCCCUAGGAGCUCCUGCAGAGAGAACCUUUGUUCUGCAGGGCUCUCUGCAGUGAGCCCGCGUUCUCUUCUCACGGGAACUCAGUCACUUUACUUCAUAAGCACUGAGCUGGGACCUCAAGCGGGUGACUACCGGGAGCCACAGUGUGACAAACAGCAGGAACACUGAGAACUCUGCACAUAGUCCAUGAUGACAGCAAGGCACCUUCCAGAGUGUGAACCAUGCACACAGCUUCACAUAUGACAUGCCGUCCCAUCCCUCACCCUCCUGGAGAGAACAGCCAGGCCCAGCCCAGUACCCUCGGCAUCGGCAGCCACAGCCCUGGGUCUUUCUGGCUGAGUCUCUUGUCUCCUGCUGUGGAGCCUUGCUCAGCCGGGGCCAUGGGCGCCUCUGCACUUUCUAAGGAGCUGACAGAUGAUUUGCACUUUACCCUUGGGCAUUCUGUUCUGUAGGUCAUGGUUUGUUCACAGGCUGUGGGCAACAGCAGUGAUCCGUUCCUCACAUUGUGUGUGGCAUAUUUAUUUAUUUAACCCUCCCUGGGGAAGCUUGAUAGAGAUAGCUUCUGUGUGGAUGCCCCGUGCUGCCAGGCUCUGGGCAUCUCUGGCUUCCUCCGAGAGAAUCAACCCCGUCCACACUCACGACGUUCUGGUUAGGGUAGAAGCCAAGUUUGCACCUGCACAGUUUCUUCAGACUUUGUUAGGCAGCCAGAGGUAGGCUUGCCAAGUAACUGCUGCCCGGUGUGUGUCCCCAUCAGGGUAGUGAUUUCCACACCUGCUUUUGACUCAGCACUGGACUUGGCUCAGACUCCUGAGCCCUCGAUGUCUAGAGCAGAGCAGGUGGGGCGCUGCUCCCAGCUGUCAGGAAUGCCUUGGGCAGGUGGCCCUUUCAGGUUCUGGGUCACUGCUUACAAGAGCUGCCUGUCAAGAGUGUCCAGCCUCCUUAUCUCGCAGACUCCGUGUUCCUGGUAACUGUGGCCAUUCAGAUCAGUUUCAUGUUUUCCUUUUUAUAGGCUUUUGCCUUUGUAUGACUUUGUUAGUAGAAGAGUAAAGUUCUAUAAAAUAUAAAUGUUUAAGGAA